AGUGGCGGAUCCGUCCAGCCAUCCACUAUUGAUUGCAAGCGAGGUAUUAAACGAAAAGCCCAAGGACAUGAAAUAACCAUAGAGACUAAACGGAUCAAAUAUGUUCUCGAAUCCAGUGAGGAGAGUCUAGAAAACCACUCGUAUGGAGAUAUGCAGGAGGCAUGCGAUAUGGGAGGCUGCGGAAUAAAGUCCCGACCACGCCCGGUUAAACAUGAAAUCGAAAUGGAACCUGAUGUUAUAAAUGGUCAGCGGCCCCCGUACGUUAACAUUCUCCCAGAGAACAGGCCGUUUGUCUGUUGGAAGAGUUCUUUGGAAUUUUUAAGGAUUUCAGAAAUGUUCGCUGUUUGGAUUUCAAUGAGGUGACUCCAGACACUGAGUACAAUGGGCGGCUGUACAUUGCAGCGGCCAAUGAGGAUACGAUGGACUGGGUGGCGGGCAACGUAUGCUCCAUGGAGACAUAUCAGGCCACCAGUCUCAUAGACUUCGUACACCUGACACCGGCCAGAGUUACAUGGCCAAAGGUCGAGAAGUGUUUCCAAGCAAUUUUCGAGCUUCUGGAACAGCAGAAUGCUGAUAUUACGACGGAGAAGUGGGCCGUGGUGAGCCGCAAAGAUGCAGCCCCCAUAGUGACAGAUAUUUGUCCAAAUGAACAGCUUGAGAUCUGGAUGGAUGCAGAGAGUGUGGACAUCAUCAAGGAAAGAUGCAACAGCCUCAAAUUUUGUUUUUGGAUUAUCAAAUUUGAGUUUUGCGAUUAGA